CAGCCAUCAUCAUGACAGCAGGAUCGGUUUCGGCUCCACUCAUCAUUCCCAUCAUCCCCCUGCAGACACACAGAGCAAAGAACCACAUGGACACCAACACACCUGUCUCCAUCCAGUCAGACACUCCUGAUGUUCUGAUCUUCUACACUCUGGAUGGGUCGAAGCCGGCGGCAGUGCAGCGGGGGUCAGCUGGCAGCAGCAGGAAGUACACUGGGCCCAUCCUGCUGCCUGCAGGUCGAGUCGCCGUCAGAGCUGUAGCUGUUACCAGUGACGGCAGGGAGAGCUCCGUGGUGACGAAGGUUUUCUCCGUUGAACUCGUGGAUGCAAACAACAGGAAGGAGAGCGAGGAGAACUUCCUGCGGGGCGACCAGCAGCGUCCGUCUGAAGGAACCUCAUGUUCUGCUGAGAACUCUGCAGGUUCCUCACUGAGGCCUCCAGAGCCGAGGAUGAUGGGAAACGCCUCUCCUCAAUCAGGUCCUCGUUUCCUGAACAGUCGAUUGGGCUCUCCAACAAACAAACAACAACAAACUGGAUCCUCUAAAUGUUCCCAGUCAGCGAGUUCAGGUGUGUUGAAGCAGCUGAGCAGCACGCAGACGUCCCGAAUCCUCCGAGAGACUGACUUCCUGCGGUGUGCUCAGUGUCUGAGUUUCCGUCCUUCAGAUCCUUUUGCUCGGUUCUGUGCUCAGUGUGGAGCUGCAGUUCCUCCGUUACCUGAGCAGAGACUGCCCCCUGCUGAGAAAGGACAGACGGUCUGCUGUGUGUUCUGUAACACUCUGGUUCCUGUGAACACUCAGACCUGUUUAAUCUGCGACGCCUCCAUCCAUCAACAGCUCCGCCCACAGUCCAGCCUCACACUGCAGGAGCAUGUGGUGUGUGUUUGCUGUGGCAGCGGGAAUCCACCUCACGUCUCCAACUGUUUGACCUGCGAGAGCCGCCUGCAGCUGGCAGUGUGUGUUGGGAACAGCGCCCCCUCUGUCCACUCAGCAGGCAGCAGGAAGUUGACCUGCUCCAGAUGUAAACGUUUGAAUCACAGUGACGCCAGAUACUGCGACUGGUGCGGCUCAAAGCCCGGUCAUGCUGCCAGCUGUGUUGUUUGUUGGCGAUGUGGAGCAAGCGGACACCCAUACGCCUUCUAUUGUACAGCCUGCAGCGCAUUCCUGGAAGCCCCGCCCCCACCUACAUCCUGCAGUGACAUCACACGACCUGUUGAGGGCGUCACCACCAACCAGGUUUCAGCUCCAACAUCCCAUAAUGCCACCUGGCAGGCCACGCCCUCAUUAGUUCCUGCCCCGGGCAGAAAGUUAGCCACACCCACUUCUGAGCAGUACACACAGACUGUUGGGCUCUAUUACCCAUCAGCCACUGAGAUGGAGAGGAAGGAGCAACAGAGGGCGCAACAACUCAGCCGGCAGCAGGCGACCAGAGACCGCCAACCGCUGCUGACCGCCAUCAGCCCAGGCAGAGGUUACUGGAGGAAGCAGUUGGAUCAUGUGUGCGCUCACCUGAGGAGCUACGCUCAGAACAACGCACCCUUCAGGGCUCUGCUGGGAGAACCUCGUCUGGGCCGGAUGGUUUCUGCUGUGAUUCAAGAAGAUCAUUAUGAAGUCAACAUAACCGUCAGCUUUGUGUCGGCGGGACGGGAAGAACAACAUCAGGUGAGUCCGGCAGGUGACAGCGUUGGAACUGCAGGUCGGACUGAGACUCUGAGCAGCGUUACAGAGCGAUCUGCCGACAGCAGCGGUCUCAGAAGUGAUCCGUCUCCAGGUGUGACGAAGCCUCCCAGACUGAACCUGACACCGAAACCUCCGGUGAAGGACGUGCAGCUGCUGAAGGAGCUUAGUCCGGGUCAGGGUCAAGUCAGCGUCAUCCAGCAGCUCCUGGAUCAGGGGGCGGAUCCCUCCUGUUGCAGCAGUGAUGGCCAACAUGCUCUGGCGGUCGCCGUGCUGAAUGGCCACCAUGACGUCCUUCCUGUUUUAGUGCAGAGAGGAGCCGCCGUCGAUCAGCAGUCUGGACCGAUGAAGAACACAGCUCUGCAUGAGGCUGCGGCUCUGGGCUCUGAAGGUCUGCAGUGUGCUCAGGUCCUGCUCAGUUGUAAGGCCACUGUGAGGCGGAGGAACGCCAGGGGUCAGACGGCGUACGACGUGGCGGUGGACUCGGGCUGUAACGACAUGGUGUCUCUGUUGGCUGCUCGGACCGGACUGGACUUACUGGGUAAACUGGGAAAACCCAAACUGAACCUGGAUGUUUUCUGACAGUGAGAACGAAACCAACAAUCUGCUGGUUUGAUGUGGAGCAUCCAGAUGUUGGGAAAACUGGAUCCAUAUGUAAAACAUGUUUACUCUUAAAACAACAUCAAGUAAUGAAGUAUUUUUAGACCUGUGGUACAGACAGUACUCAAAUUAGUACUCUUACUGCUUUGUGGUGGGAUGUGUUGGUUCACUGGACGUGUUUUGUUUCAGGUACUUUUUCAUGAACACUGUUCACCAACUUAAGUCUCUCUUUGGUGCUUUGAAUUAUUUUCUGUUAAAAAAAUGAACUUCAAAUAAAACCACAAGUGGUGAAUUUGAGGUCCAAGCUGUC